CAGCAUGAUGAAGAUGGUCAAUCAGCUGCUGGCCGGGGUGCACGUGCUGGCAGCAGCGGAGGCCAUGGCUCUAGCAGCGAGGGCGGGGCUCAACCCACGCAUGGUGUUUGACGUCGUAUCCCAUGCUGCUGGCAACUAGUGGAUGUUUGAGAACCGAGUGCCGCACAUGCUCAAUGACGACUACACCCCUCGCGGAGCCCUCAACAACUUUAUCAAGGACCUGGGCAUAAUUCUUGGUGAGGCGCAGGCGAUGGCCUUUCCUGUGCCCCUAGCUGCUGCCGCACUCCAGCAGUUCCUCACAGGCGCGGCAGCAGGACUGGGAAGAGAAGACGAUGCUGCAGUGGUCAAAGUCUAUGAGUGUCUUGCACGGGUGACAGUCUCCACUCCCCUCCCUUCCCCCUCUCUUCCGCCGUCCUCCACCCAUCAACCUUCCUAUCCACCGUCCUCCUCCUCCCCUCACGCCUCCUCUCCACCUCCUCCUCCUCCCCUCCUGGACCCCAGCAUCCAAUCAUAGCCCGCCUUGCUGGCGGUCCUGCUGCCCCAAUGGAGGGGCAGCCUGGAAGUUGUUGGGGGAGGGGAGGAGACAUUAGUGUAGGGAUGGGGGUACAAGGUUGGGAAGACCUGCCUAUAUAGACAACCCUCAAAUGUCUAAAUGGAAAGGUGCCUUGCUGAUUUCCCCCGCUGAUUCCCCCCCACCCAAACGCUACUGCUACCAAUUUUGUGGCCUCCUUCAAUGAACAGGGUUUGUCCCCCCCACCUUUUCGUUUUCCCUUCAUAUAGCAAAUGCAUCAUACCGUAGAUCACCCAAGAUACCAUUGUGCACUCACGCAUUCAUAUCGUAUUUGGAGUAGUAAGACUCGUAAGA